UGCAGCAACAGUCUGACUGACUGUCUUUCUCUCUUACUGUGUUUGUGUGUGUGAGCGUAUGUGCGUGCAGUUCCUGCUCUGUAAGGCUGAGAGGGGGAUGGGGUUAUGGAGAUGGGCACUAACAUCUAAUGGCUUCUGGAGACCAGCCUCUGUGUGCCAUAUGCUCAAAACUGAUUUUAUUGGCCUUUCUCGAACAGCUCUGUCAUGCAGAAGGGUCACCACAUUUAGGAUGACUGGGGGGGGAGGACAGGACAGGUCAUCUGACCAACAAAAUAUCAAAGAAAAUCUAUAUCAAUAACAUGCAUACCUCAUGAAAGGAUAAAGACAAUGCUGACAAUCCAUUAAUUAUCAUUGUGUACUGUAUUUGUUUUCCCUGAAAAUGAUUCUAUAGGUCAUUCAAUAUAAAUGUUUUAAACAGUAGGCUGGCAGAAGGCCCAAUCAAAGGUUAUCGCGGGGCCAAUGUUGCAUGGGGUCUGCUUUCUCUCCUCUAGUUGGACAGAUGAGUUGACCUGGACAUUGCAAAAGAAAACAAUAGGGGCUUGCAGUCAUGGUACGGGCCCUUGGGGAGAGAAUAGGGCUGUAAAUGUUGAUUCUGAUAGGUUCUUCAGUCUUUUAUGGCCUGGGAGGGGCACAAAGGCCUAGGUUGAUUCACAUGAAGUUGCACUGCAGCAAGAACAGAAUUUACCAUUUUGAAAUGGACAGGGAAGGACGUGAAAACAUAGCAUAGGUAGAUUCAUCACAAGGGGGUUUGCCUGUUACUCUUCUAAAAAUGUCCUUUGAGAUUACCUGGGGUAGCUCUACUAGUAGCGGAUACAGUAGCCAGGAGUCGGAAGACUCGGACUCUGAGCUGGAACAGUUUUUCACUGCACGCACUUUCUUCUUUCUCAAAGCAAAAAGAAACACGGAUGAACAAAUUGACUGGGGGAAACAAGAGUUGACUGUCAGUGAAAUUCAGCAAAAAGUGAAGGAAUACAAUGCUCAGAUCAACAGCAAUCUCUACAUGGUGCUUGACAGAGAUGGAACAUACACCGGCUUCAUUAAGGUGCAGUUUAAACUGGCCCGGCCUGUGUCCAUCCCACCUCCUCAGAAACCCAGCGUAACACAUGAGGGAGGACCACAGGAGGACGACACGAAGCGGCGGACUUCUUUUUACCUCCCCAGAGAUACGGCCAAGCAUCUGCACAUAAGCUCCCAUACACGAGCACGAGAGGUCAUAGAAGCAUUGCUCAACAAGUUCACUGUGGUAGACAACCCAGCCAAGUUUGCACUGUUCGAGCGCAGUGAGCGGCAGAAUCAGGUAUACCUGCGUAAGCUACCUGAUGAAGAGUGUCCACUACAUCUGCGUCUCUGUGCUGGACCCAGUGAGAAAGUCCUCAGUCUGGUGCUGAAAGAAAACGAGACGGGAGAGGUCAAUUGGGAUGCAUUCAGCCUUCCAGAACUGUGCAAUUUCCUUCGGAUCCUUCAGCGUGAGGAAGAGGAGCAUGUACGACAGAUUAUAAAGCGCUAUGCGGUUGCCAGGGAUAAGAUGAAGACAGCCAUGGCCAGUGUCACUACCCCUGGUUAACUUGUGUGGCACAGUGAAAACGUAGAAGGAUGAACUUUUGACCAGAGGCAUGUCCUGUGCCCUCAUAAUGCUCUUCUGAAUUCUGAUAAAUGUUAACAACGGUCACUUCAGCAGACGGAGCAUAACCUCUUGAAACAGGGACACGGACAUGUUGAAAGUGGAGUACACGGGGUAAAUGUAAUUAGCCACCGUUAUGUGAAUGGACAUUGCAAUAAAUAAAGGCCAUUCUAAAAAAGAGAGAAGUAGCCUAUUAGGGUCAUAGACACUGCGGAACUGGAAACUGAUUUCACUGGGAAUAUUUGCUGCUGGAUAGAUUUUAGGGGGAAGAUUUGGCGAUCUAUCUAAAGAUUCGACGGCGUCAAUUGACUAUGAUUAUGUUAUUAAUAAAGGGAUAUGGUAACUA